AUGACGUCCCGGAAGACGCAGCAGGAGAUCGACAAGACCUUCAAGAAGGUUGCCGAGGGUAUUCAAACAUUUGAGGGUAUCUAUGAGAAGAUCCGGUCAACAUCAAAUAUCACGCAACGGGAUAAGCUCGAGGAGAACCUGAAACGGGAGAUCAAGAAGCUACAACGAUAUCGUGACCAAAUCAAGUCAUGGGCGUCAGGAAAUGAGGUCAAGGACAAGGGGCCGCUGCUAGAGCAGCGCAGGGCCAUUGAGACUUGCAUGGAACAGUUCAAGGCGGUCGAGAAGGAGAUGAAGACAAAGGCAUAUUCGAAAGAAGGGUUGUCGGCUGCAUCCAGGUUAGAUCCUAAAGAGAAGGAGAAGGUCGAGACUUGCGACUUCCUAUCGAACAUGGUGGACGAGCUGCAACAAAAGAUCGAAUCCUUCGAAGCCGAAGAGGAAACGCUUCACAUGCAAAUGAAGAAGGGCAAGAAGGAUGUGGCCAAGACGAAUCGCCUGUCAGACCUUUCACGCUUAACAGAUCGCCAUAAGUGGCAUGUCAAUAAGUUGGAACUGUUGCUACGGUCGCUGCAGAACGGAAACCUCGAAGUCCCUCAGGUGCUGGAUAUCAAGGAAAGCAUCAAGUACUACGUGGAGGAUGGGCACAACAUUGACUACUCUGGUGAGGAUGAAACCUUGUACGACGACCUGAACCUGGACAACGAGGCAGAGGUGCAGUUCGGCAUGACAGGGGACAACGAUAAGGUAUCCUCGCAAGAUACGCAAUCGAUUCAAGACGAGGAGCCGGAAAUCAAGCCCAAGGUCAACAAGGGUGAGAGCGCAGGACUUCGAAGGCCAUCUGCACAGAUGAAAUCGCCUCUACCUGUGUUAGCAACACUCCAAUCGUCGACCUCCACGACUGCCGCCUCAGGCAUGAAACCCGCACCACCGCCUACCCGCCUCCCCGGAGAAACACUCAAGUACGCAUCCGCUGCCGCUGCAGCUGCAGCAAGUGACAAGAACGGGGUGGGCAUUGCACCACUUCCGCCACCUCCAGGCGCAAGCCCCGCUUUCCCGCACGCUGUGCCUGCAAACAAAGCUUCAGCCACUGCCUCGCCGAGCGUUGCAUCGGUACAACCUACUUCAUCCAAGCCCGCACCGGUCCUCACGAUAGCGGCGGAGGACAUCACCGGUGCACGAUCAAAAACACCUUCCGUCAGCCCCAACGUGGCUGCUGCGAGCACAUCGUCACAAACAAUGGAGAAAGCGGAGGCCCCAGCAGCUGCCAAGGAGCAGCCCGCGCCGAACGGUGAGGCGACGAGUAAGCAAGAGGAGCAGGAGAGCGAGGAAUCGAUCUUCCACCUGCCUCCCGGCCUGCAGGAUCUUAUUCAGUCGUUCGAAGUCACGAGGUCCCGGGCGUCAGCAAGCGCAGCCAACGCGUCCCCGUCAGUGCAGCGCAUGCUUGCAACAUCGCUCGCGAACUGCCCGGAGCCUGCUGAUGCGGAGAAGCCUCGUCAUUACAAGCCUCAGAACCCUUACAAUACGCCUCUAUACUAUCCUCAGGAACCGCUCACUAUCUUUGAUGAUCCGCGCUUGUACGAGACCGGGCGCAUCGACACGGAUACACUGUUCUACCUGUUCUACUACCGACAAGGCAGUUACCAGCAGUAUCUCGCGGCCAAGGCAUUGAAGAACCAAAGCUGGCGUUUCCACAAGCAAUACCAAACCUGGUUCCAACGUCACGAGGAGCCGAAGACGAUCACGGAGGAGUUCGAGCAGGGCACAUAUCGCUUCUUCGAUUAUGAGAGUACAUGGAUGAACCGUCGUAAGGCUGACUUCAAGUUCGUCUACAAAUACCUGGAGGAUGAAUUGUAA